AUGUCUUCUCCAAGAAUCGCCAUUCUCUUCUAUUCCAUGUACGGCCACAUUCUCAAAUUGGCCGAAGCUGAGAAAGCUGGAAUAGAAGCUGCUGGCGGCAAAGCCGAUAUCUUCCAAAUCCCCGAAACCCUCUCAGAGGACGUCCUCGCCAAAAUGCACGCACCGCCCAAAUCCAACUAUCCAGUCGCAACAGUCGACACCAUCAAGGACUACAGCGCCGUCCUCUUUGGCAUCCCAACCCGCUACGGCAACUUCCCCGCUCAAUGGAAAGCAUUCUGGGACCGCACCGGUGGAAUCUGGGCUGCGGGCGGUUACUGGGGUAAAUAUGCGGGCUUAUUUGUGUCUACGGGGACGCUGGGUGGUGGGCAGGAGAGUACCUGCAUUGCUGCGAUGAGUACGCUUGCGCAUCAUGGGAUUAUUUAUGUGCCGCUGGGGUAUAAGACUGUUUUUCCGAUGUUGGCAAAUCUGGAUGAGGUGCAUGGUGGUAGUGCAUGGGGUGCUGGGACGUUUGCGGGCGCUGAUGGCUCUCGCUCUCCUACCGCGCUUGAAUUGGAAAUUGCCACAAGUCAGGGCAAGGCAUUCUACGAGACGGUCUCCAAGGUUGCUAUCGGUGGGAAUUGA